AUGGCAGACCAACAACCGAGCAUCAGCUCCAUUCUGGCUGCUCUGGCGGCACAACGUCCUAACCCAGCACCUGCUCAAAACCAACAACCUGCAUACCAACAAGCGGCGCAACCCCAGCAGCAAGCCCCCUAUGCGGCACCACCUGGUGGAUAUGCACUGCCGCAGCCUACAAAUUCCGGUAGCGUGGACCUAAGUAGCAUCAAGCCUGUCAACUCGGGGACCGUCAGCAUCGCUGAUGCUAUCGCGAAGGCAAAGGCAAUUGCGGCAGAAAAGGGCGUUUCGUACGAGAGACCCUCUUCCUACAGCGGCUCAGACCUUCGACUUGCUACAGGUAGACCGUACAGAAGCUCGAGAUCGCGAUCCCGAUCUCCGCCUCCCGCCCGUCGCGAUGCCUUCCGAGAUAACUUCAACCCAUAUCGAGACGAGCGAAGAGGCGACCGAGCCCCACCGGCCAGAGACUACCGUGAACGCUCCUUCUCUCCUGGACUGCAUGGACGAGGAGCAGGCGGUACCUUCUCACCUCCUCACAGUAACGGUGCCUACGCUCCUCCUCGCGAGCGAUCGCCAGCCCGUGGCGGAGAAGAUAAUGUUGAAUCUCUUUCUAUCGAAUCAAACCUUGUUGGGUUGAUAAUUGGCAGGCAAGGCGAGAAUCUUAGGCGUGUCGAAGCUGAGACAGGUUGCAAAGUGCAAUUCAUAACUGGCCCUGAUGAGACUGGCCCUUACAGGCAAUGCAAAAUCACUGGGCCACGAGCACGCCGAGCUGAAGCUAAAGCUGAGAUAAACCGUAUUAUUGACGACAGCGGCAUGGCUGGUAAUUCACGAGCAGCCAUUGACAGGACACUCCGAGAUGCUCCACCUGCACGGACUUCCUCACACCAGCCGGCCUUGAGGGAUGGCGAAGACAGUAUGCAAAUUAUGGUUCCGGACAGAACAGUUGGCCUUAUUAUUGGCCGUGGCGGAGAGACCAUCAGAGACCUACAGGAACGAAGUGGUUGUCAUGUUAACAUUGUUGGAGAGCAGAAGAGUGUUAACGGCCUUCGACCAGUGAACCUUAUUGGCUCUAGGGAAGCAGCUGCUCGUGCAAAGGAUUUAAUUAUGGAAAUCGUCGAGAGCGAUAGCAAGGGUACAACAAGCAAAGAUCGCACUUCAGCGCAGAGAGAUCAGGCUCGAGAUACGGGCUAUGGGAGUGGACAUGGCGGAGGAGGCGGUUUGGAUAAAGUCAACGAUUCCAUAUUCGUACCAUCAGAAGCUGUUGGCAUGAUCAUUGGCAAAGGUGGAGAAACGAUCAAGGAUAUGCAGAGCACUACCGGCUGCAAGAUAAAUGUCUCGCCAUCAUCAGGACCAGGUGAAAUUGAGCGUGAAAUUGGCCUUGUUGGCUCUCGGGACGCAAUCGCUGCCGCCAAGCGUGCCAUCGAAGAUAAAGUAGAAGCAGUGCAACAGAAGAGCGCCGGUGGUGGGGCCGGCCGUGGCCGUGCUCCCCAAAACGACUAUGGCGAUCGGGCUUACUCUCACUCAUCUUACUCUCAACCUCAAGGGCAAGCGCAGUCCCAGGUUGCUCCUCCAACUGGACAAGAUGAUCCUUAUGCAGCAUAUCUAGACGGCGGAUACCAAGCAUAUGUAGCGCUCUGGUAUCAAGCGAUGGCUCAACAACAGCAGGCGGGCCAGGCCCAAGGCGAUCCCUCCAAACCACCCGGAACCUCGUAA